ACAAGGAUUACGCAUAUACGAUGGGGCUAGAAAUUGCAAGCUGACAUGGGAGUAUUACUUUCAAUACACUAUUCUCUCACAAAUUGUAUUCAAUGCACGUUGAAUGGCCAGUGAUUGGCUGUUUUUCAAAUGGAUUUCCGUGUAUCGGGAAUUCUCAUGUCAUCAAUUGCAAUUGAGUGUCUUAUUUAUGAAUAUCAAGUACUUGCUUAUAGCUUUCUGAAGAAGCAUUGGAUGAUAAAAAGUCUACAAUUAAAAAAGAAGGAAAGAGAAAGAAAACAGAAUUUAAAAAAGGCAGAAUUAAGAAGAGAACCAAGAGCAAGAAACUGAGGGCAUUAUGCGUACCCAAAAAUCGAGCAAUGCCGAGAAUGGCACUGAUGGAGAGUCACCUUCAUUCCCUCCGACUCCAGACGAGCAUGAAAUGGACAAUGAGGAUGGUGAUACAUCCGGAUCAUCGAAGAGUGGAAGGGUAGCGAGGCGUAUAGCAUGUGAUGCCUGCAGACGACGCAAGGUCCGCUGUGAUCGAGCCCAACCGAUCUGCGGUAGGUGCACUAAGUUAAAUCAGGAUUGCAAGUAUACUGCAUCCAGGAACCAGCGUGGCUCCGACUCCAAUAUGUCCCAGGCUUUGACUACGUUGCAAUCGCGAUUAGCCCAAGCAGAAGCCCGUUUAGCAUCAAUACAUCAGCCAUUACCUGAUAUGUGGAACACUGCCUCUACUAUCGGCUUGACAUUGCCUCCCCAGAACACGACUGCACAACUCCCUCUUGAUUUUCCACCAACGAACACGAGCUCUGCGUUUUCAUCCCACAUGAACUUCCACCACGAGCCAAUCUCCUUGGAUUCAAACGGCGGCCACAUAUCAGAAAACAAUAACAGCAACGAUAAUGAUUGGCAUGAAGUAUUCAACGAUCACUCGGGGUCUACAUUCAUUGACCAAAUUGACAUGACCGACUUUGAAGACGAAUCUUCCCAUAUAAUAUUCCUGUCCUUGCAUCAAACAUACUUCAAUCAUAUCCAUGCUGUGAUACCAAUGAUUGACCGGCAUCGUUUCUCCCUUGAGCUAGACAUGUCACAUCCCUCACCGCAACUCAUGAGUCUCAGCUACGCUAUCGCUCUUCUUGGCGCCACAGUCUCCAGUGAACAUGCUGAUUUCGAAAGAACGUACUAUAGCCAUUCCAGAAAUUAUGUUGAAACUGCCGAAAGGGACGAUGAUGAUGCCCAAUUCAACAACCUGAAUCUAUUGCAAACUUAUAUCCUUCUUACGUAUUACGAAUUUCGACGCAAGUCGUUUGCACGAGCUUGGAUGAGUCUGGGCAAAGCAAUUCGAUUGAGUGACAUGCUAGGAUUGCAUAGGAUGGAUCAGGGUGAACAGACCGGAGUCGAGUCGUCCCGUGUAGUCUCAUUUCAAGGGAAGAUUAGCCUCACUGAAGCAAGAGAGAGGAGGCGGACUUUUUGGGUACUAUUUGCAUUUGACGCCUACGCGAGUAUUAGGACCGGUUCACCUCUGACUAUCCAGGAGGAAACGAUUUCGACUAGAUUACCUGCUGCAAGCGACUCAUCGAAAGAGCCACUGGUACCAAAUAUGCCAUCUUUGAGAAACAUCAAUUUAUUAUACGAGUUAACACCCAUUUCUUCCUUCACUGGGAUUGUCCUCAUGGUCUCAAUGCACUACCGUUGCCGACGCCACUUCCAGGCCUCUCAAAAACAAACCCGUAUCUGUGACCAACACUACGAUUUCUGGCAGCAUCACUACCAACUUGACAAAGACUUGGAUUCUUAUGCUACCAAUCUUUUUGGCCACAUAAAACCACGGAUCAGACCUGAUGACCCUCUUGUUUUUAUCGUCCAUAUGAAUCUAUGCGCUAUCAAGAUUGAGCUUCAUGAACAUGCGAUAUCAAAAGUCAGACAACAAGAGCUUCCAGAGAUGUUGAUUAUUGAGAGUGAAAAUCAAUGUAGGAGUGCAGCUGUGGAGGUUGCAGAAUAUGCUCAUUUGCUGGAGCAUAUAGACCCUGGUAACAGAACGACUUUCCAACAGACAAAUACAUUUCUCAUGUGGCCUCUUGCAAAGGCAUCGGAAGUCUUAAGCCGGCAUUUGAGGGACCCUACAAAGGAUGUCACACAGCUUACUGUUUUAUUAGAAAGACUACAGUUGACUAUGCAAAAUCUGAACGAUGUUAGCGGACACUGGGAUAGAGUUAGAAACAUGAUUUCUCAACACUUGGCAGUCAUCGAUAGUGCAACUGGUUGAUUCUCUACCUUUGCAGGAGGUAUGAGAGAAGGCACUGGGAUUUCUACGAGUACAAUAAGGUAACUGGUAGAUUCCAUAUGAUCGUUUUAUGUCUAGUUUUACGACUCUUUUAGCGAUGAUACAAG